CUGGCAUGACAGCGGGCAGCAAGUCAUCUAGCAGAAGCACGGGCACCGGGUUACCAAGCUCGACAGCGGGCACCAAGUCAUCUGGCACGACAGCGGGCACCGAGUCACCGGGCAAGUCAGCGGGCACCGAGUCACCGGGCAAGUCAGCAGGCACCAAGCCAUCUGGCAUGACAGCGGGCAUCGAGUCAUCUGGCACGACAGCGGGCCCGGGUCACCAAGCUGAACAGCGGGCACCGGGUCACCAAGCUGAACAGCGUGCACCGGGUCACCAAGCUCAACAGCGGGCACCGAGUCAUCUGGCAGAACAGCGGGCACCGAGUCAUCUGGCAGAACAGCAGGCACCGGGUCACCAAGCUCAACAGCGGGCAACGAGUCAUCUGGCAGAACAGCGGGCAACAAGUCAUCUGGCAGAACAGCAGGCAAUGAGUCAUCUGGCAGAACAGCGGGCACCGGGUCACCAAGCUCAACAGCGGGCAACGAGUCAUCUGGCAGAACAGCGGGCAACGAGUCAUCUGGCAGAACAGCGGGCAACGAGUCAUCUGGCAGAACAGCGGGCAACAAGUCAUCUGGCAGGACAGCGGGCAACGAGUCAUCUGGCACGGCAGCGGGCAACGAGUCAUCUGACACGACAGCGGGCACCAAGUCAUCUGGCACGACAGCGGGCAACGAGUCAUCUGGCUGGAUCGGGUCAUCAGGCCGGACCGCAG